UAUGUUCACUUUACUCUUAUGUUCUCAUAUUUUAAUGCUUACCCCAUCUGACAACUCCAUACUUUGUUCUUACCCACGUGAGAUUGCAUUUAGCACCACAUAUAUCUUACACCUUUACCUGUUUACUCACCUAUAUUACAUCAGUUUCUCCUACAUUUAUUGUCCUGCCUUGCUGUUCAACUUCAUUCUCUAGACUUUUUCCAUCUUCAAUUCAUGUUUAAGUUCUUGAUGUUGUCCAGUGUAAAAUUUGAUCUUUCUUGAUUGCAGUUUUAUUACUGUAAUGAAUAGUUCUAAGUUGAAAGGGAAUCUUUGCAUUGCCAUGCUUUCAUUUGCUUCAUUGCUUAGAUUCCUAAGAAUAUGCAUAUUUGAGCAUUUAAAGUGUUGUUCUCUGUUGGGUUGUAAAUCAUAUGGAACCCCUGAAAAGAAACAAUCUCCUGAUGAGAAAGUGUUUCAAGAGAUUAAAAAGAGUAGGAACAAGAGGCAGAAGCCCAUGGGAUGGAAAUGUGUUGACAAUUGUUGUUGGAUUGUUGGAUAUUUGUGUACUACUUCAUGGCUACUCUUGUUUCUGUUAUACAUUGUUCCUGUUAGUUUGCCUGGUCUUAAAGGCCCUGAAAUUCCCGGGGCACGGCUUAAGCGAGAAGGUUUGGUUGCGAACCACCCCGUGGUUUUGGUGCCUGGCAUAAUCACAGGCGGCCUUGAGCUUUGGGAGGGCAAGCCUUGUGCUGAACCUUUGUUUCGUAAGCGUCUUUGGGGAGGUUGGGGCAGUGGCUUCACUGAUAUCUUUAGAAGGCCGGUGUGUUGGAUGGAUCAUCUCUCUUUGCAUUAUGAAACCGGCCUGGAUCCACCAGGAAUCCGAGUCCGUCCUGCUCCAGGAUUAGUAGCAGCAGACUAUUUUGCGCCUGGUUAUUUUGUGUGGGCUAUUCUGAUUGAAAAUUUAGCGCAAAUUGGCUACGAGGAUAGAAAUAUGUAUAUGGCUGCAUAUGACUGGAGGCUUUCUUUCCAGAAUACAGAGGUCAGGGACCGAUCUCUUAGUAGAUUGAAGGGCCAAAUUGAGAUAAUGUAUGCAACAAAUGGAGAUAAGAAAGUCGUCGUCUUUCCCCAUUCAAUGGGCGCGGUUUAUUUCCUCCACUUCCUUAAAUGGGUGGAGUUACCUGCUCCAGUGGGAGGGGGAGGAGGUUCUGGUUGGUGUGCCAAGUACAUCAAAGCAAUAGUGAAUAUUGGGCCAACAUUUCUUGGUGUUCCUAAGGCCUUCGCUACUAUCUUGUCUGCGGAGGGGAAGGAUAUAUCUCUCAUCAGAGCAAUGGCGGCUGGUCUCUUAGAAUCUGAAUUUCUUGGACUUCAGACUAUAGAACAUGUGAUGAGGGUAUCGCGAACAUGGGACUCCAUUGUCUCAUUGUUACCGAAAGGAGGAGAGACUGUUUGGGGGAACUUGGAUUGGUCUCCGGAGGAAGGGUACAACUGUGAAUCGGAAGAGAAGAGACAAUUGCAAGCAUUGUCAAAAGAAAAUAAUACCAGGAGCAGUACUGAUAAGAGCCUAUUUCAAGUAAAACACCACAAGAAAUAUGGAAGAAUCAUUUCGUUUGGGAAGGAAGCAUCAGAAGUAGUUUCUUCACAGCUUCCUACCUUUUCAAAGGACUUUAUGCAUUCAAGUACCUCCGCCAAUUCCAGCACAUCACGUGGAGAAUUCUGGACAGAAUACGAUGACAUGAGCCGAGAAAACUUUCAGAAAAUUGCAGAAAACAAAGUAUACACAACUACAGAUCUCCUAGAUCUUCUUCGAUACGUGGCUCCCAAAAUGAUGCAACGUGCCGAGGCUCAUUAUUCCCAUGGUAUAGCUGAGAAUCUUGAAGAUCCAAAAUAUAAUCAUCACAAAUAUUGGUCAAAUCCACUUGAGACAAUGUUACCUGAUGCUCCUGACAUGGAGACUUACUGUAUGUAUGGUGUGGGAAUUCCUACUGAGAGAUCAUAUGUGUACAAGAUGUCACCUUCUGAUAGGCGUAAAGGCAUUCCUUUCCGAAUAGACAACUCUGCAGAUGGAAGCGAUAGCUGCUUAAGGGGCGGAGUAUACUUUGUGGACGGUGAUGAGAGCGUCCCAGUUUUGAGCAGUGGUUUUAUGUGUGCCAAAGGGUGGAGGGGAAAAACCAGGUUCAAUCCAUCAGGGAGCGCCACAUAUGUAAGGGAAUACCGUCACAAGCCACCAUCAAGUAUGUUGGAGGGGAGGGGUCUGGAGAGUGCUGGUCACGUCGACAUCAUGGGAAAUGUGGCCUUGAUUGAAGAUGUGCUUCGUAUUGCUGCUGGUGCAACUGGUUCCGAGUUGGGGGGUGAUAGAAUACAUUCGGAUCUUUUGAAGAUGUGCAACAGAGUAAACGUGCCCUUGUGAAUGCAACGAGGAAUGAAUUUACAAGACCAGAAUCAAGUGUUCUGAAGCAAAAGCCUGGUUCUAAUUAAACUGAGUUUGAUCAUCAAGGUUUUUGGAUUAUGCAAGUUAUGUGACAGCUGCUGCAGCAACUGAACCUUUUCUAACCCCUUGAGUUUGUCUUAGGAAUGCAAUGCUCUUUCUGUAAUCAAAUAAUUAAGAGUUUCUGUCUCAGGGUUGAAAUUUAAGAGUAUAUUUCAUCAA